GUGUGUGUGUGUGUGUGUGUGUGUGUGUGUAGGCAGUGGAAAGAUGCAGCAGGCCACCGAGGGCGUGGCCAUGAAACGUGUGGUUGAGAAGACUCCGGGCAAACUGCUGGUCAAGAUGCCCUUUGGCAAGGCAGAGUCCUCCCCCGGCCCCGCCUCCACUAAGGUGGCGUCUCCUGUCCCCAAGUCCCGUCCCGGGAGAAAGAGGAAAUCCGAACAGGAACUCCCGGCCCCGCCUCAGACCACCCCUAAGAAACGGGGCAGGAAACCAGCCUCGGCCUCUGCAGCGUCACCGGUUGCCACGGCACCCACCUCCGCUCCAUCGACCUCCGGCGGCUCGACGGCCGCCAGCUACGCCGCGGCCGCCAUCUUGGCCGCCGAAGCCAAGCGGCGAGCGGCCAAGGAGUCGUCCGCCAAGCUGGUUGUCCAGGAAACCGCCCUGCCGAUCAAGAAACGCAAAACGAGAGAGACCGUGGAGGAGAGGGAGGUCGCUCCGACCCCGCCCGCCACGACAACCAAGACCGAAAGACGCGUGGCCGCGGAGGCGGAGCCGGGUAAGGCGAAGGAAGCUCCGACCUCGGAGCCUCAGCCCGCGCCGUCUGAGAAGAGCCAAUCACAGACCCAGAAGCAGCCGCCUGCUUCAGACGAGGGCCAACCGCACGGACACAAGGCGCACAAAGGCCGGAAGCACAAGGAGAAAUCGGGAAUAGCAGCCGGAGACGGACGAGGCCGAGGACAGGAAGUCGGGGAGGACGUCGGGGACAAGGGAGCAGAGGGAGGACGAAGUAGCAGCAGCAGCAGUAGUAGCAUUAGCCCGUCAAAAAGCCACAAAAGGAAGGAGCGGCCGCCUCACAAACACCACCACCACCACCACCACCACCGGCAUCAUCGCCACCAACAUUCCUCUGCCUCAGCAUUGGAUCCUCCUCUUCCUCCUCCUCCUCCU